CAUUUCUAAAAGGAGAAGGUCGCUUCAACGAGCUAAACUACGAAACUGUGUCCUCGCCAUCUUCGAGUCCGUUUCGAUCAACCCGUCAAUCUGAAAAUAUGUCUCCCGAAUCAUCUUCAUCGCUGUACCCGGACCGGCCCAUUCGACCUCUUCCGAAACGCCGAUUGCGCGAACGGCUGUCGCCUGACGUUGCUGACAGUAUCCAGUAUCCGCCAGCGCCUCAGACUACAGCUCCUCUGUUCGUGUAUCCGUAUAAUUCUAAGGAAGAUUUGGCAUCUCUAGGAGUUGAUGCUCCGAACGUUGCACACCGAGAAAAUGCAGCGGAAUUGGGACGAGAGGCCAGCGCGCGCAGGAAUGGCGUGGGUGUCGAGCAAGAUGACCAGUCAUUAAUCGGACAAGCACGUAGGGCACUCAUCUCGCGACCCCUCCACGAUUCGCCGGGCCACGCGGUUCGUGCCCCGCUACGGCAGAGUCAGCCUCGACAACCGAAUCCGCAGCCCCCACCUUCGACUGCAUCUUCUGUGGAUGGCUACGAUUCUUUUGAAAACAGCAAUAACAAGAAGAAAAGGAAGAUUCCAACUGCCGGCGAAACAAUUUUAAAUGGGACGCACGUGCUGAACGAUCUAGGUACGCUGGGAGUAUCGUCGCCUACGUCAGCGGGCGAUGACGGAUCUUUGGAUGCGUCGGGGGUAGCUUCUACAGCUUAUUACCAAUCGGGGGGUGCGAUUGCGGGUGCUCAAGGUCUUUCCGGUCCUGGAAGAGGCAGGUUCGGUCGAACACGCAACGGCAGGAGCCCACUGCGAGCUCUAUCGGAUUCAAACAGCAACUGGGGCAACCGGAACUCUAAUAAACUUAGGCCAGGCGGUAUUCAAUAUCCCUCGCCGCCUGCCGCAGAGAAUUCCGGUAUUAUCUCCAGCGCUAUAGCAAGCGCCGAGAAGCUUCAAGUGCCACAAGGUCAAGAGAAUAUAAGUCUCCUGCACCAAGAGACCUCUGCAAAGCCCAGUCCCACAUCAGCACAAUUUACCUUUACAUUCGAUUCUCAGAAUCCUGUUUCUUGGCCGGGGUCGGACCCAGCCCCUUCCAACUUCAGGUCUUCGCAUCCUCUGAAUCGAUCAUCUCGCGCAAUGUCAACUGCCGCGGGUAUGGGUGCUGCAGGCUCUAUUCCAAAUGGGUCGGCAGCGUCUUCGGCUGGUUCGGGAGAUAUGCCGCCAGGAGCCAAUGCGAUGGGCAACGAAGCGGGUAGAGGAGCAAAUCAGGCGAACGCGGCUCCAAAGAAACCGAAGCGCCGUGGCAAUUCACUUUUACUAGCAGCUAAGCAGCGUCGUCGAGAAACGGCAUUUCAGAAUUUUCACCAUCCCCCGGCAGCAGAUGAUAUCUGGAUCUGCGAAUUUUGCGAGUACGAGCGCAUUUUCGGCCGCGCCCCUGAAGCUUUGAUUCGACAGUACGAGAUCAAGGACCGUCGGCGACGUCGAGAGGAAGCAGAACGCCGUCGAUUACUAGAGAAGGCGAAGAUGAAGUCGCGCAAAGGCAAGAAAGCGAACAAGCUGCCCGCGAAGAACAACUCCACAGACCGCCACGCAGCUUCCGGACAGCAAACUUCUCAGCACCAACCCGUACCCAAUGAUCAGGAUGAGGAUCAAGCUCUACACCAGCGCCAGAUUCACGAGGAAGACCAGGAGGAGCUAGGUUAUGACUCGGAUGAUCACUACGAAGAUCAGGGCCCAGAGGCAGAGCCACCAGGUACAAUUCCUGUCCUAACGCAAACACGCGGGGGCAGAGGCGGCUCUCGAGUGGAAUCCAAAGUGAAGCAUGGCGGUUAUUGACCGAUAUCUUGCUACCACCUUGGACUGAUCGGGAUAUUCGGUAUCUUAGCAUUGAUCUUAGCAUUGUUCUCUACUCUCAUUGCAUCGCCGAAAUGGUUCUUUCUCAUCAAGUUCCUAAGGCUUCUUGUAACCUAGACACAGCACCUUAUCAAAGACUAUUCCAGCCUCAAUCGCCUCUAAUCGCCAUAGCUCACCGUUCUAUUCAACCAACACGUCGCAUUCGACUAAAAGCCUACUGGUAUUACUGGUUUCCAAACUUUGCUUUAACGUUUCGAUCCGUUCGUACCAUUCCUGUCUCAAGAAAGUCGUUGGUCAAGAUGGUGAACGAACAAUAUAGGUUAGAAUAAGCGGACGGUUAAGGCUAACGGUUGCUACCAAAUUCGAUACCAGCGCAUGUGGAGUAUUAAGACAGUUUGCACUGUGAGUGCCAUGAUCAGCAUGCCCCGUCAGACAGUUUUAUUGAUUAAACUGCCUCGAGGCCUUUUAGACCAGAUAGAUCAUAGAGCACAUUAGCCUCACAUGUAUCUACCUUCUACUCCAUAUUGUGCUCUCUGUUGUGUUCUUACAUAGUCUCAUUGCCUUGAAUACGCAUCAAUAAGUGCA